AUGAGAUAUUUUUACCUGUUAAUUACUUCAGUAACUCUGUUUGUGUCAGUGUAUUCUUAUCCCGGAAGAUUAUUUUUACAAAAUAAUCAAUUAUUAAAUACUUCACCUGAUCUUAGACAUGCCUAUCUAAAAUAUGCGCCAAUUAUUAAAGAGGAAAUACAGGCAAUGAGGGAAAGAAUGAAUAAUAGGUCGGAAGACCAUUCAGAAACGGAGCAUGAAGAUACAGCGUAUAGUAUUACCGAUUUUAUUGACUUUGAAAAAAAUCUUCCCAAUGGUAAACCGUAUUACGUUGGAGAAGCUGUUUUAAAUGAAUUAACACCCACUGCUGUAAUACCUUCUUUAGGAAAGAAAAUAAAUCAAUGGUUACCGAAUAAUCAGAAUUAUAUGAAAUUCAUUGAAGAAUUGCUAGAAACAGAUCCUUUAAUAAGUUUUAAAAUAUCAGAGACCAACUUAUUCGAAGGGUUAAAUGUUAUUAAAGGUGAACGCUGA